AUGGUGGAGGCGGCGGCGGCGGCGGUGGCGGCAGCCUUACGGCACGCGCUGCACUUCGUGUUCAAAGUGGGCAACCGCUUCCAGACGGCGCACUUCUACUGGGACCUGCUGGGGAUGAAGAUCCUGUGGCAUGAGGAAUUUGAGGAAGGCUGCAAGGCUUCCUGUAAUGGGCCUUAUGAUGGGAAGUGGAGUAAAACCAUGGUGGGCUACGGACCCGAAGACAAUCACUUCGUGGCAGAGCUGACCUACAACUAUGGCACUGGUGACUAUCACCUCGGCAAUGACUUCCUGGGCCUCACACUGGUCUCCAGCCAGGCCGUCACAAACGCCAAGAAGUCUGAGUGGCCGCUCUGUGAGGUUGCUGAGGGAGUGUUUGAAACUGAAGCCCCAGGAGGCUACAAGUUCUUUUUAAAGAACCACAGUCAGCCCCCCUCAGACCCAGUGCUGAAAGUGACCUUGGCCGUCUCUGACCUGAGCACUUCCCUCCACUACUGGUCGGACCUGCUGGGGAUGAGGGUUUAUGAAAAGGAUGAGGAGCCGCAAAGGGCCCUGCUGGGCUAUGCAGACAAGCAGUGCAAGCUGGAGUUGCAGGGCAUCAAGGGAGCAGUGGAUCAUGGGUCAGCCUUUGGGAGGAUUGCUUUCUCCUGUCCAAAGAAAGAGUUACCAGACAUAGAAGCAUUGAUGAAAAAGGAGAACCAGAAGAUUCUGACCCCCCUGGUCAGUCCGGACACACCUGGGAAAGCCACGGUCCAAGUGGUUAUUCUGGCGGACCCUGAUGGACACAAAAUUUGUUUUGUGGGCGAUGAAGCAUUUUGA